AUGUUAGAUAAAAAUUUUCAUUUAAUUAAAGAUUUAAAACCUUUUUUGAAUAACAUAUCAAUACAAUGUUUAAUUAUUAAAUACAUAGAUGAUCCACCUGAUCAUGUAAAUAAUAUUGUUAAAUAUCAUUAUCAAAUAGCUGAUAUUAGUGGAUCAAUAAUAUUAUGCAUUCCUCACACACUUAUACAAGAAGAAUUAAACAAAAAUAAUAUUGAUAUUUUGAGUGAUGAUAUUGAGGAUGUAGUUGACUCAUACGACGAUACUAACUUAAAUCAUAAUCAAAAUGAAGUGAAUAUAAACGAAAAAAAACAUAUUUAUGAUAUAAAUAAAAAAUCAAGUAACACUAAAACAUUAAAAUAUUUUUUCAAAAUUGGAGAUAUAUUAAAUAUAUAUGGAGCAGUAACAACUUGGUCAAUGGGUAAAAUGGUAUUAAUGCCUAAUACAAGAAUUAAAAAAAAUAGUCUUCAUGAAAUUAGAGGGUCAAUUUAUAGAGUUGGUUUUUUCACCAUGAAUAUUAAUACUGAACCUAAUUUAAGUAAUUUAAUUACAUCAACUACAGAGAAAAAAUAUCAAUUGGAGGAGAAUGGAACAAAUAAUUCAAAUCGCAAUUUUAGUAUAUGCAAAAAUACAGAUAAAAAAAAUUAUGUAGGAAAUUUUCUAAAUAAUGAUAAAGUUAGUAAAUAUGACAUUAUUCCUUUAUUAAAUGAUGGUGAUAUAGAUCUAUCUUUUAAAAUUUAA